AUGGGAAGCUCAGAGGGCACAAAGGUGGAAGAACAAUUUGUUAGGAGGCCUGAAAAUACAGCUUUUCUUGGACUGCUGCAGCAAAACAUUAACCCUGUGGUGGCUAGGACACUGAAGGAACCCCGGGGCAGCAAGGAGUCAUACUUACCUCCUGCAGAGCCGGAACAGCCGGGGGAGGCGCGUACGCCGAGGACACCGGCGCGGGUGAUCAGCCGGGCAUUUAUCCGGCUGCGGCAGAGCAGCAGGGGCGGAGGACGCCUCCCGGAAGAAACAAAAAGCGGCCCCGCCGAGGCAGCGGGGCAGCUGAUGAGGACAGACCAGGGGAGUGAGCUCCUGUGGGGAGCAGAUCAGCUGCUGCAGCCAGCUGUAGUGAGUGCAAGGGGCGGAGCCAGAGUGGGCUCUGAGAAAGCCAGCAGCACAACCGGCAGCCGUGCUGGCGGUGGAACCGGCUCCAACACUGUCGGCAGAGCCGGUGAAGGAGUUGGCUGCGUUAUAGGCGGCAGAGCCGGUGGAGGAGUCGGUGGCGUCGGGAGCAGCACAGUCGGGGAAGAAAUUGACGCUGCAGGCAGCCGAGCCAGGGGAGGAACCAGCAGCGUCUGGAGCAGCAGAGCCAGGGAGGGAACUGGCUGCAUCGGGGGCAGUGGGGCCGGAGAGAGAACCGGUGGCAUCCUGAGCAGCAGGGCCGGUGGAGGAGCCGGCUACGCUGUGGGCAGAAGGGCCAGUGAGGGAGCUGGCCGCAUUCCAGGCAGCCGAGCCGGUGAAGGAACUGGCCGCUCUGUAAGCAGCAGAGCUGGGGAAGAAACCAGCAGCCGGAUUAAAGAAGGAGCUGAGGCAGAAGGCCGGGGCUGGCGACCCCAGUGGACGGCCCAUUGA